AUGGAUAUUGAAUACGAUACGUACGUCGCAGCCAGCGUCAAUCCCAAAUACCCUCCACCCACAGAGCUGGUUUUGGCUCUCAAGUCACUCGUGACAACUUCCACCCCAGCAGAGGACGUCGCCAGACAGAGCGUGUCCGGAUUCAUUGAGGGAACACAAUCACAUCCCUACCCUGGUGCUUUCCAUGGUCUGCUAUUCGCUUUGAUUAGGAAAUACACAGAGCAGAAUGAUCGAUUUGUAGACUUUAUUGUUGCACUCGAAACCCUGCCUGACCCAACAGGGGAGAUCAAUCAACUGGCGGGAUUUAAUGAAUACAUGACCGAGUUUGCCUUUGACUAUGUUGAUCGCCCUUUCUCUGAUCCUGAGCCCAACGUAUCGCGUCAAGGCUGGGUAAACGUCAACGCUUUUACAGCCAAGUUGCACAAUCGGGGUCUCCCAACUUCUGGCCGUCAGCUUGUCCGUGGUGGUCAGAUCUUGAGAAGAGCGCUAGAAAGAGCCCAAUGGGAGGUAUACCACCACCCAGACAUUGAUGAAGAUCUCGAGGACUUUGAAGAUGAUGAGGAGGAGGAAUACUGCCAGAGGCGAGAUCGCUUCAUGGAGGAAAUGGAUAUCAGAACUCUCAACGCCAAUGCGCCCGCCGCAGCACAGUGGAUCAAGUACUGUGGCAAAGAGAUUUAUAACAUGGAAGGGUCGCUGGGGAGAGAAGUAACGAUCAUUACUACCAAGUGGACAGGGAAGCCUCCAGGCUGGUCAAAGGAACGAUGGGCAUUCUGGAAAGAGAGGUUCGAAUGGAUUGCCGGUGUGACUGCACUGGAUCGAAAGACCCGAAGGAUUGCAAAGGAGACAGCAGAGGAGAUGAGCAGGAUUGAGCAGGAAUAA